ACUCGGGUAAUAAUCCAAUAAAAUAAUUCGUGUAUAUGUAGUUAGUAGUACUCGUAGGUAACUUGUGUGUUUUUCGACUGUGUAAAGUAUAAGAUAAAAUCGUAUUGAAAUGACUAUUAAAGAUAUUACGAAGAUGCUUACGAUACUCGUGAUUUUUUUAAUCUACGUUGGAACAGUCCACAGUAUUCGAUGUUACCAAUGCACCAGCACAAACAACACACAUCCUUUUCAAUGCAACGAGUUCCUCACGAAUGACAUUGACAUAGAGCCAGAGUCUUGCGAUGCCAUUUUCGGAGCACAAUACUGUGUAAAACACAUUGGCCGAUUUGAGGCCCUGGAAUGUUACCAAUGUACAUCCGCGGACGAAUGGCAAUGCUCGGAUGGUGAAUUAAUUAAAGAUUCUCUACAACCAAUAAACUGCAGUCACAUUUACAAAGCGCAUUAUUGCGUCAAAACCAUUGGACGAUAUGGAGGUUUUCAUUCGUGGUUUAUUCGGUGGAGUUGGUACAAAAAGAUUUUGCUCAACUUCGCACUUGGGAAAUUACUGCAACUAUGUGCUUCAGCCGGGAGAUAAACUAACAUAUCGAACGUGCAUCUACACCUGUAAUAGCGAUGGAUGCAAUUCUGUAUCUACUUUAAGGUCUACAGUCAGUGUUUCCAUUAUAUUACUUCUUUUACUCACCCUAUUUUAUAGAUGAAGACUCAGCAUCGUUAAUAAAAACAAUCAUAUUCAUAUAUCAAAUUUUAUGACAAUAUAUUACUUAUAUUUUACUAUUUGGAAAAUGAGUAUAGUUUACAUAUAUAAAUAUUUUGGUUGUAUUAUCAAUAUUUCGUGCAUGAUAAUUAUUCUGUUUCUUUAACAUUUAUUUGUCGACAAACUUUAAUUAAAUAAUCUAUGCAUUUUGAUAAUAAAUGUGUAAUCUUAAACUCUAAUACGAGAAUAUUUUCUAAUACGAGUAAUCUGUAAAAUUUUCUUUGGCAUAUUAUUUUAUUAUAACGAGUAAUACAACAAAUAUUAAGAACAUUUUAUUAUAGAGCAUACAUGACAUGUGUAUAUGUAUUUGUAUUUACUCUUUUUAUGUUAUUUAUCUGUUUUAAUGCACAAGUAAAAAAGUAGCAAGAUUAUAUGAAUAUUAUAUUGUUUGUCUAAUUUGUUUUAAUUUAUAUAUAUAUAAUAUAUAUAUAAUAAGAAUAUUACUUUGAACUUCUAAUUUUGUUUGUACAUUUGAAACUUGAUAUAAUUUUAUGUACGAAUUGGAAAAAUGUUCAAAAGAAAUAUUAGAAAUCCAUUAAUUUAAUACGCAAUUUGCAUAAAUCUUCAUAAUAAUGUACUUGAUAUCCACAUAUUUUAUAUAUGCAAUACAAAUUUGUAAAAAAAAAGAACUUACGCAUGCAAUUUCAUCUCAUUUUCAUGAACAUUUAAGAUUAUUUUGUUCUUAAAGCACGAAUAUAGCAGACUAUUUGGUUUCACAAUUUGCACGAAAUGUAUAAAAAGUUUAUAUAAAGGAUACUGAUGAAAUUCUUUGACUAAAAGGCAUUAUCAAGCGUUACUGAUGUUGUAAUUUACGCACUUGUUCUUCUAAUUCCUUUAUACGAAGUUGGCUGUUAGCAAGCUGACGGCGCAUCAACCGCAAUUCAUCUGCUUGACGUACAUAUGCCAAUCUAAGUUCUGCUUCGUUGUUAGGAACGUCAAUGGUUUCGAUAACUUUAUUGUUGCUUAACGAUGUUGUUAUUAUAUUAUUCUGUAAAAAAUAACUUUGCUUGUAAUUGACUAUACUAUACGUGGGACAUAAUCUUCGCAAAAUAGUAAAAAAAUAGAUUACUUUACGAGGUUUUUUUAUCGUUUUCUUACUUGUAAAUUUACAUUGGCAAAUUUUUGCUGUAACUGUUGAAAUUUAGUGCUUUGAUUGCUGGAUGUUUUUUGACUUUUCUCCGUUAUAUUAUGUAACUCUACUGGUCUGUAAUCAGGGACAGUUUCAGUAGACAAAAAUGCAAAUUUUUUCUUAUUAUUUAAAUCUGUCGCUGGAGGUAAUAAUGGUUGCUUGUAUACGCGUGGUUUAUGCGUAGAAAUACUACCACCUAUGGAAGUAACAAUAGAAAAAAAUAAUAAUUAUAAUGUUUAUGAUUAUCAGACAUCUACUUAAAUUUACAUUAAAAUGAUUUUAUACCUGUUUUAAGUGAUAUUAAUAUUGGUGGAUUAUUCAUGCCACUGAUCCAAUCUCUUGCUGAAAGUGCAGGACAGGUACCUAUAGUAUCAGGAUACAAGUCUUCUUGAAAUUGGUCGCUCUACAAAAUAGAACAUAAAAACACUAAAACAUGUAAAUUAAUAUCAGUUAAUAUUGUUGUUAAGUAUAUUACUUGUAGUUAUAGGUCACAUAACUUGUUAUUGAGUUUACUUUUUUUUUUACCUUUCGAGGUACAAUCAUGGAAAUCGGUUCACACAUGCCUCGAGUUGCAUGUAAUUUAUAAAAUCUAAAAACCUCGCAAAUACUUGUAUUUAUGCCUCUUUUUGGCAUUACACCUAAUCCUCUUUGUGGAUUACCAGAGAUGAAUUGACUGAGAUAAUGCAUCCAUGGAACUUCAUUAACUACCUCAUAAUACCGAAUAUUACCAUCACCCUGUAGAAAACAAAUGUUAAAUUUUUUAUUUAAAGAUAUUCACUAUAGUAAUAAUUACUACAGUGAAAGUCAUACCUGAAAAUAAGUAAAAAGAAAUUUUUCUUUAUUCUAAUCUGUAUAUAUAUUAAUAUUAAAGCAAUAUUAUCUUCUUGGA